AAGCAUUUGAUCGAUACUUAUGGAUUUAAAUUUUUUAUAAGUUACCUUUUCAUUAAUUUUUUAUAAGUUACUUUUUCAUUACAUGUAUAAUAUAUUUUGUCAACAUUACCUGUAAUCGAAUUGUUGGCAUCGUUAUCAGUAAACUACUGUCAUCAUUCCCAACUACUCAAGACUACAAAUAAUUUUUAACCUCAGGUCAAAUAUCUUAAAACACAGUCCACAUGACAUGCUAUCACUCUCGUCCUUUCCAUCUAUACUGUCACCAUUCCCGAUCGAAAAAGAUUCUGCGAGAAAAAGUCGCUUCUAACAUCAAGGUAACAACCCCCUUUUCUUCUCUUCCUCUCUCUGUAUCACCCACAACCACAUUAGAAGUUAGAACACAAGGAUAAUGCACACCAUUUGUUUCAACCCAGAUGUAUCACUUAGUUCUAGACCUCUCUUAUCUUUACCAUCCAAUCACGCCUCCUACAUGUUCGAUGAAAUGUUUGAAAGAAACCCAUUAUUAUUUUCAUCACGAAAAUGUUGUUGCUGCUAUUCUGCUGCUAAUAUUUCAAUGUGUAAUAGAUUGACUGUAAUAAACCCUAGCUUUUUAUGUAAAGGGUUAAGCCAAUCAACUUUGAUUCAGUGGUCACUUAGUAAACGAUUAAUCUUUCAUGGUAGCAGUAGACAGUUUUAUGGUAAUACCUCUGGGGUUUCUUCCUUUACUGAUGGAAAUUAUUGCCAUGAAAACCUUUCUUCUUUCAACGAUAGAAGGAAACACAGACAGAGGGGUUUUGGACACAAGAGGAAAAAACAGUUUUUGGGUAAUGUUAGUGAUGCUUAUGUGAAUGAUGUAGACGUUAUGCUUAGUUUAUUAACAGAUGAGGUGGGUUUGGAGUAUAAUGGUGAAAAAGACUGUAAAAAGAUCGAUAAGAAUCAUUUUAUAUGUGAUAACAUGGAAAAGAAAAAUGUAAGUUCUGGGGUUGUGAAAAAAGAUCAGAGGUGUGAUAAAGAACAAGGGAAAAUACUGGAGAAGAAAGAUACUGUAAAAGGACAUUAUAAAGAAUCGGUUGAUAGAGUCACUAACAAAUCAAGAUCAAGAAUGAAGUGUAAACAAAUUGAGAAACUUUCAGAUAAAGAUAACCGUGUUAUUGAUUCAACUUUCAUCUCUCAGAAGUUAAAAGUGAUUUCAGAAGUGAGAAAACCUCAGAACUGUGAAGAGAUAUCUACUGAAGUUAGUCAUAUGGUUAAAGACAUCAAAGAAGAAAAACAUCAGAAAACAAACCAUUUGAUUAAAAUAACAACAGUAUCCAGUGAGGACUCACAACAAAGAUCAAGAAUCUCGGAUACCCAUGUCACAAAUAGUGAAAAUUCAUCAGUUUCACAUAGAAAAAAAUCUGAUAAACAAAAAUUGUAUCCAAGUUUAGAAAUGAAAAUGGUGGAAGGAAUCACGGAUAGUGGUCAUAAAGGGCCUUCUGAUGAGAUGUGGCACAUGACUGAUGCAUCAUCAGAUCAUGACAUAACAUCUUCAAGUGAGAUUGUUGAUAGUGUCAAGAAAAAUAUCAGGUCCUUGUUGACAGUUAUCGGCGAUGUAAUCCGAUUCCGGUGUUCAUCUCCACGUUCGGAAUCCCACAUUCCAAACUCAGGUGGCGGAAAGUGUUCCUCAUGUUUGUCUCUUACUAGCGAAGCAUGGUUUUCUAGUCAUGAUUCCAAUAACGAUUCCACUCCCUGUAAUCAAGAAUCACCGAUUCCAUUCCCCCCAACCAAUAAAACUUCUCAUGUGUCUUUGAAUGAUUCCAAGUUUGAUGAAUUGGAAGAGGCGUAUGGUUUUGAGGCUAAGAAACGAAAAGAAGAUGAGAUGUUUAUGAGGGAAGCACUUUUGGAAGCUAAAAAGGCUGCUGAUGUAUGGGAAGUACCUGUUGGAGCUGUACUUGUGCAUAAUGGUAAAAUUAUAGCUCGUGGAUAUAAUUUGGUAGAAAAAUUACAUGAUUCCACUGCUCAUGCAGAGAUGAUUUGUAUACGUGAAGCCUCAAAAAUCCUUGACUCUUGGAGACUUUCGGAUACUACUCUUUAUGUAACACUUGAACCAUGUCCCAUGUGUGCUGGAGCAAUUUUACAAGCCAGAAUUGACACACUUGUAUGGGGAGCUCCAAAUAAGCUGCUAGGAGCUGAUGGCAGCUGGAUUAGACUAUUUUCCGAUGGGAACGAAGGAAAAGACGCCACACCAACAGAUAACCUGUCUGCUCCUGUGCACCCGUUCCACCAAAACAUGGCGGUUAGAAGAGGAGUACUGGCGGAAGAGUGUUCCGGAAUCAUGAAACAUUUUUUUCGAUUAAGAAGAAACAACAAGUCAAAACCGGAAUCACUGAUUCCGCCGGAACCGGAAUCACCAAUUCCAUCAGAACCGGAAUCAACAAUUCCGGUGUCAUCUAUUACCGUUUCCCAUCAUCAUUCGGACUUUUUAUCCAAGAUCCAGCAUGCCUUUAAGAUCAUCUUUUGUUUAUAG